AUGACCAAGGUUAAAGUAGGCAAGGAAGAUUCUUCAUCUACUGAAUUUGUAGAGAAAAGAAGAGCAGCUUUAGAAAGGUAUCUACAACGAACUGUGAAACACCCAACCUUGUUACAGGAUCCAGAUUUAAGACAGUUCUUGGAAAGUUCGGAGCUGCCGAGAGCAGUUAACACCCAGGCUCUGAGUGGAGCAGGAAUAUUGAGGAUGGUGAACAAGGCUGCCGACGCUGUCAACAAAAUGACAAUCAAGAUGAAUGAAUCGGAUGCAUGGUUUGAAGAAAAACAGCAGCAGUUUGAGAAUCUGGAUCAGCAACUUAGGAAGCUUCAUGCCAGUGUUGAAGCAUUAGUGUGUCACAGAAAAGAGCUUUCAGCCAACACAGCUGCUUUUGCUAAAAGUGCUGCCAUGUUAGGUAACUCUGAGGACCACACUGCUCUGUCAAGAGCUUUGUCCCAGCUUGCAGAGGUUGAGGAGAAGAUAGAUCAGUUACAUCAAGAACAAGCUUUUGCUGACUUCUAUAUCUUCUCAGAACUGCUUGGUGAUUAUAUUCGCCUCAUUGCUGCAGUAAAAGGUGUGUUUGAUCAUCGAAUGAAAUGCUGGCAGAAGUGGCAAGAUGCUCAGGUCACUCUACAAAAAAAACGUGAAGCAGAAGCAAAGCUCCAGCUUGCCAACAAACCUGAUAAAUUGCAGCAAGCUAAAGAUGAGAUAAAAGAGGAAAUUGAAGAGUGGGAGACAAAAGUUCAGCAAGGGGAAAAAGAUUUUGAACAGAUCUCCAAAACCAUUCGCAAGGAAGUGGGAAGAUUUGAGAAGGAACGAGUGAAAGACUUUAAAUCUGUUAUUAUCAAGUACUUAGAGUCAUUAGUGCAAACACAACAGCAGCUAAUAAAAUACUGGGAGGCAUUCCUACCUGAAGCCAAAGCCAUCGCCUAAAAGAAAAUUAUUCCACAUGACAAGCCACUCUGGAUAUUUGUCCUGGAUAAAACUAAGUUCCACAGUGAAAUCAGUUUAAAUCAUCCAAAUAAACCACUCUAUAUUUUAUGAAUUAACAUGUAGCUUUUUUAUAUACUACAGCAUUUUAUUAACAAGCUGCAUGUCCUGACCCUCUUUGAAGUGGACUGUGGCAUGAUGUUCUGCAAUACAUUGCUGAAUUGAACACUAUUGUGUCUUAAUACUUGCACUAAAAUGUGCACUGCAAGGCCAGAAAGCUGAUAUUUUUUCUUUAAAAUACAAUGUUCUGUAGUAUGUUUACCUGAUCUUUAUGAAACAAAUUUAAUUGCAUCGAUUACUGUUCACUUAAACAUUCCUGUACACAAUCAUGUUUUUGUGAUUACAAUAAUAAAGGGGAUAUAAGUUCUGAA